AUGGCGACAAUUAUCCUGAAUGAAUUGCCAGACUUCUUAGGUGGCAUGUGUACACAAUGUUUAGAUAAAGGGGGUUGUCUUUUAUCUGAUAAAGGACCAUGGAAUAAUCCUGAAAUAUUGAAGUUGGCUCUUAAUAGUGAAGCAAGGCGGUCAGAAGCUGAAGAUAUUGCAUCUCCGAAAGCAAUGAGGAGUUAUUCACAUCUUAGGUUGACUCCUGUUCGUGAAGAAGCGAAGACAAUUGGGGGUACAAGCUAUGCGGGUCCAUUUUCUGGAUAUGAUGAGUAUGUUCCCAUGGUGGAUAAAGCUGUUGAUUAUGGAUGGAAAAAACAACCUUCAUCUCCAAAGCCUUAUGAUCCCAGAGGUCAAAGUCAAACAUGGACAUUGACAUUUAUUGAAGGUCAAAAGGGAGUGGAAAAAGCUAACGGAAUGUGGGUGAUGCUUGUGGCAGUCUUGAUGACUGUUUUUUCUGUUUUGAAUUCGGUGUUGAAGCGUGUGACUAAGAAGCUUCCAGAAACGAAUGAGGAAUUCCGACCACCAUCACCGAUUCCAUCUUUUAAAGAAGCAGAGGUUUUCAAUUCCAUGUUGAAAAGGUUAGGUGAGCUUGAAGAGAAGAUGUUCCCCAAUGAUGAUUGUGACCAUUUUUUCUUGGUGUAUGCAAUAAUGGAGAUACAAACAACUGAAACUUCAGAGAAUUCAACCUCACUUCCACCUGUGAUUGCCCACCCACAGACAAUUAAAACAUCUGAGCCGCCACAACCACCGCCUCCGGUGACAAACAUGCCGGAAAGUGAAGCCUCAGAUGAUACUGAUUACAACUAA